UUUUGCAAACAUAUACUCGGGUAACAAAGAAAACGCAUACCUAGUUUAGAUCACUGUUAUAAAUAAUUUGUUAAAAUCAAUGACAAAGAAUAAAUGGACUUUUCUAAGAAUGUUUUAAGGAUGUGAUCUUGAUAAAUGUUCUCCUACGAUGGCCAGGAACCACGAACCUCUAAGAUGGUAUGAUAUUGUCUACUUUGAGUAUAAACUCUCAUGGUUUUACUUUUGGUUUUCCCAAAAAGCUUCAUACUAAUGGAGACGUAUUUCUUACCUAUAAACCCAUGAUCAUUCCCUUAAUUAGUUAAUGUAGGACUCGCUCCCAACAAUCCUCAACAGUUAGUUCUUAUUUGAUUUAAAAUUCUCCCGAAUGUUCUUUCUUUUUGCUCCAUCCUUGUGCUCACAACCGAACACAUGAACAAUGGCGAGAAAUUUCGAACCAAUUAAUGUGGUUGCAAAUAAUUUGAUGUUACGCGUUAACAUUGCAUGAUGAUGGAGAGAAUGAUGUGACUUGACUCCAACUCGUGACAUAUCACUUUCCCUUUGUUUGACAUGGAGAUCUUGAAGGGAUGCCAAAGUUAGGGAGCAACCCGUCGUUUCUGGACAAGCUUCUAUCAGGCCCACCACUACAUAAAUAAAGAGAUCCAUAUACCAGUCAUGAGCGAUAGCGAAGCAGUCUAAGGCGCAAGGUAGGAUCGAAGAGCUUAGUGGAAAACACUCAGGAAAGGAGCAGAUCAGGGGUUGUGUGCCCUCUGCCCCAUCUUACUAAUAAUAAUGAAGGGCUUUGAUGCCAGCAAGCACCCUUGUUAUUGUUGGAGAGGUUUGGCUUGCCCCUUGUAUAGGUUGGAGAUAUGGUGGUAGGUUGUGCUCAAUCAUUUGCGAAGAAUAUGGGUUUAUAUGGACACAGGGUUCGUUGUCUAAGUGUUCUUGGCAAAGUUCAACAGCAAGCCAUGAUAGUAAGAUCUCAGCUUCAGCGACUGGCCAGGGCAAUGUAUAGCAGCCCUCUCAUUCGUGUGAAGGCUGAAUGGAUUGAAGAACUGAAGAUGCAGGUCGGAAUGGUUUGCUAUUCUGGUUUAAACUGUAAGCAGAUUGAUCUGCUGGCUAGAGAUUUUGGUGUACAUAUGAACAGGGAUGGACAUGUGAGCCUGGCAGGUAUAACGACAAGAAAUGUUUAUUACUUACGUAGAGUAUCAAGUUAGCAAUUAUGAUCUAAAAUACUUAAACGUCUCUAGAUGUAUUUGAUGACAUUUUGUUGUUCAAUUUGAAGAUGAUACGAAAACUCUAGCCAAUUGAAUCUAGGAAUUCUUAUGGAUACAUGAACCCUCGGAUCACAAAUGCCACAACCCUCCCAAUCAAGGUGAUUUCAUUACA